CUUUCGCAGGCUGAAUACUCGGGUGCCUAGAGGAGACUAAGCCGCGACUGCUGCGAGUCGAGAGAGAUAAAAAGAGCGCGAAGCACGACAUGCUGCGACGACUCCCUCUCCUUCUCUCUUCUCUUCAUCCAGUCCUUACCUUCCAUCAACCCGUCUCUCCCCUCCCCCUUCAUCAAGGAGCACAAUGGCUGCUACCGGCGCCCAGGAUCACAUGGACCUCGCCCUCGCUGAGGCUAAUGCCGAUGAGCAUCGCGCCGAGACACGAAUUGCCGGCCACGAAGAUAAGGUCCACCCCCUCGCCCACAUCGAGCACGGCGUUGACAAUGAGAAGGCCGAGGUGACCGAGGACGAGUACGGCAACCAGUUCCCCACCGAGGAGGAGAAGAACACGCUUCGUAGACUGCCAGAGAGCAUUCCUUGGACUGCGUGGACCGUCGCAUUCUGUGAGCUUGCAGAGCGCUUCUCAUACUACGGAUCCGUUCAAGUCUUCCAGAACUUCAUCCAGUACCCUCGACCUGGAGAGGGAGCCAACGUCCACCGUACGGGUGCCGCCAAGGACUUGAGGGUCUCUGGCGCCCUUGGCAAGGGACAACAGACGGCUACAGGACUUACCACCUUCAACUCCUUUUUCGUUUACCUCACGCCGUUGGUUGGAGCUUACAUCGCCGACGCUCAUCUCGGACGUUUCAAGACGAUCUGCCUCGCCGUCGGCAUCGCGACGGUCGGCCACGUCCUUCUCACGGGCGCUGCUGCUCCCGACAUCCUCGACCACCCCAACGGCGCGUUGGGCAUGUUCGUCGUCUCCAUCAUUAUCAUGGGCGUGGGCACCGGCUUCUUCAAGUCCAACUGCUCCACCCUCAUCGCUGAGCAAGUCAAGGGCAAGCGUCCAACGGUCCAGACGCUCAAGUCGGGCGAGCGAGUCAUCAUCGACCCUGCUCUCACCAUUGCGCGCCUCUUUAUGUACUUUUACGCCGCCAUCAACAUCGGUGCCAUCGUCGGGCAAGUCGCCAUGGUUUACGCCGAGAAGCGCGUGGGCUUCUGGCUCUCCUUCCUCCUCCCUACCGUGGUGUUCCUCCUCUGUGUGCCCGUCCUCGCCGUCUGCGGCAAGUGGUACCAGAAGACUCCUCCCGCCGGCUCCGUCCUCAGCGACGCCUUGAAGUUCCUCAAGUUCGCCAGCAAGGGCAGGUGGUCGCUCAACCCCGUCCGCACCUACAAGCAGCUCACGGCCGGCAACUUCUGGGAGCAGGCCAAGCCCUCGAAGCAGACUGGUCCCCUCCCCGCCUGGAUGACCUUUGACGACGUUUGGGUCGACGAGCUCCGCCGUGCAGUGAAGGCUUGCCAGGUCUUCCUCUUCUUCCCCGUCUACUGGCUGUGCUACAACCAGAUCAACAACAACCUGACCUCUCAGGCUGCAGUCAUGGAGCUACAUGGCCUGCCCAACGACUUGAUCUCCAACCUCGACCCGCUCGCCAUCUUGAUCUUCAUCCCCGUCCUCGACCUCGGCGUCUACCCUCUGCUGCGCAAGUGGGGAUUCAACUUUACGCCUCUCAAGCGUAUCUGCGCUGGCUUCUUCCUCGCCUCCUUUGCCAUGGUCUCCGCCGCUGUCGUCCAGGCCUACAUCUACAAGCUCUCCCCGUGCGGCACCAACGCGGCCGAGUGCGAGACGCCCGAAGGCGAUGUCCAACCGGCUCCCAUCAACGUUGCGGCUCAGGUCCCAUCGUACGUGCUCAUCGCAUUCUCUGAGCUGUUUGCCUCGGUCACUGGUCUCGAGUACGCCUUCACCAAGGCUCCCAAGUCGAUGAAGUCGAUGGUCAUGGCUCUGUUCCUCUUCAUGACGGCUAUCUCGAACGCCGUCGGCGAGGCCUUCCUGCCCCUCUCGGAGGACCCGCUCCUGGUCUGGAACUACGGCGUGUUCGCCGUCGCCUCGUUCAUUGCUGCCAUUGUCUUUUGGAUCUGCUUCAGGAAGCUCGACGCCGAGGAGGACGAGCUCAAUGCGAUUGGGGUGGGCAACAGGAACGCCGCUCCUCGCACAGGUGGUGCUACGGACGCGGCCCCUGGCAGCGAGUCGGCGUCGAUGCGCGAGCGCGAUGACAAGGCUUGAGCGGCGUGCUAUCGACGCGCUAUCAUACCCACUCUUCUCUGCUCUCCACCGCUCUGGCUACGUUUAUCGCUCCUAUUGUAUUCUCGACGUCUAUCCCAGUGUACUCCAGGCGCUCGUCGCAGCGUUUCGAAUGCCAAUCCAGUCACCGUCACGCGAGCACCGAGACGUAACCCCGCUUGUCGCCCCCGCUCGUCGCCAAGUACAGACCAAUCGCCUACCUUGACCAUUCUCGCUCGUGCGGCGACCCGCUGUCCAGCGACCCUGCGUUCUCACCAUCUGCGCUGAACGGAGAAGUCGAGGACAGCCACGUGAACGUCGAAUCGCUGGCUCAGGCACAGAAAAUCGACUCGGCCACACGCACGCAAGCAGUCAGCGCCGCGCCUCGGCGAGCGCGGCAUCGAGGCUCUCUCAACGGCACCAAGCGAGUGUAA